AUGCUUCCGUCCACCCUCCUGACCCUCCUCUUCACGCUUCUCUCACCCGCGUCCGCCAUCGACCACAAAGUACCGACCAGCAACGAAUCGCUGCUAUGGGGUCCUUAUCGCCCAAACCUCUACUUGGGUCUUCGCCCCCGCGUGCCCAAGAGUCUAGUCGCGGGACUCAUGUGGGCGAAGCUAGAAGACGUUGAGACGACACUACGCCACAACGUAAACCAGAGCGAAGGCAUGGCCCGAUACGGUUGGAUCACAUACGAUGCACGAGAGGGCGGCAGGCAAUCCAUAGAGGAUCCUGGGAACAAGAUAAACCUCGUGACUGAGUUUGUAAAGUACUCUGAAGGCCAGAGCCAGGGCAAUUGGGGAUUGCGCGUACGGGGCAUACCAAGAUCAGACGCACCGGAAGACUUCAAGACAACUGUAGUCUUCUACAUUGGCAUGGAGGCCAUGGAAGCUUGCGCCGACUGCAAGCUCGAGGCGCGUCAGCAAUUCGAACCUGACGACGACAAGACUGUCCAGGCAGUGAACAUGAAUAUUGCGCACCCAAAGUUGGGUACUGCUGGUAUCCACAUUCCUGUACCUAUCAACGCAGAAGAAAAGCGUGAGGUGGCAUACAUUAAGACGCUGAACGUAACAGAAGAUAAACUAUGGCAGGGCAAAUACCAGACCAAAGACCGUAAAGAGCCAGGACCAAAUGACAUCGUGUUGCGCAACGCCCCGAGUAACGGUAACAUGCAAUUAGUUCAAUUAGUGUGCCAUGGAUCAUUCGAGUUCGAUAUCCUCUACUCCAGUGACUCCGCGAAACGAGCCAUGACUUCCGCUGGUCUCACUAGCAGUCUAGAGAAUACCCUCAAGUCUUUCGACAAGAACUUCGCCACCACGUUCAUCCCGAAAACACCCUUUACCACCGACCAACACCGCGCCUUUGCUCAAAACACCUUGUCGAACCUAUUGGGUGGACUAGGAUAUUUCACUGGUACUGCCAAGGUCGACACAUCAAAGAAAGCCAUCUAUGCCGAGACGACGGGAAACUUCUGGCAGAAAUCAGUCGAUGCGAGGAAGCACUCGACACCCAAGAUGAAAGGUCCAUACGAACUUCUUACACAUACACCGUCGCGCGCGGCCUUCCCAAGGGGCUUCUUGUGGGAUGAAGGUUUUCAUCUCUUGCCCGUCAUUGAAUGGGAUGCAGAUCUCGCUUUGGAGGUGAUAGAUGAUUGGCUUUUUCUCAUGGACGAUGAUGGCUGGAUCGCAAGAGAGCAGAUCCUAGGCGCGGAAGCAGAGGGCGGCACGCCUGCUGAAUUCGUCACUCAGUUUCCACACAUUGCUAACCCACCAACAAUGUUUUUGGUCAUUUCUAAGUUCAUCGAUAUGUUGAAGGGCAAGACAAAGUACCAUGGCCAUGACUCGGUUUACCUUGCCAAAGCUGAGACUGGAAAGGCCUUGAUGGCAAAGAUGUACCCGUACCUCAAGAAGCAUUAUGAUUGGUUCCGGAAGUCGCAAUCUGGAGACGUGGAGGCACAUUCCAUCCCAGCGGCCAACUUGAACGAGGGUUACAGGUGGCGGGGUCGAACACCAGGAACGAACUUCGCCAGUGGACUGGAUGAUUACCCUCGGGCAGAGCCCCCUGACAUCACCGAAUUGCAUUUGGAUGCAUUGUGCUGGGUUGGCGUGAUGGCGCGGACCCUUGAACGCAUUGCGUUCUUAACAGAAAAUGCACACGACGCGCUCACAUUCCAGAAUCAUAUCCGCGGCGUCAAGACCAACAUCGACACCAUACACUGGGCAAAAGAGUCGAACAUAUACUGCGAUGCCGUCGUACGGAAUGCCCUACAUACAAAUGCCUGUCAUAAAGGCUAUAUCUCAAUCUUCCCGCUUCUCACUGGUUUCACUGAUGCAUCGCACCCGCAUCUACCAGCCAUGCUUACCCUUCUUCGCGACCCCGAAAAACUAUGGACGGACUUCGGCGUCCGUAGUCUUAGCCCUGGGGACGAAGCCUAUGGGAAGGACGAUAACUACUGGCGCUCACCCAUCUGGAUCAACAUGAACUAUCUCAUCCUGACCAACCUAUUUGAUCUCGCCCUGAUACCCGGCCCGUCACAAGAACGCUGCCGUGAAAUAUAUAUCGAGCUCCGUCGCAACAUUGUCCAUACUGUAUUCAAUUCUUACCUCAAGACAGGAUACGUAUGGGAACAGUACGACCCUAUUAGAGGUGAUGGACAACGCACGCAACAAUUCACUGGCUGGACGUCACUGGUGGUCAAGGUCAUGGCGAUGCCUGAUCUCGAGAAAGACGAUGGCAUGACGGAGAAGAUGAAGGGAUAUUAUGAGGAGGCAAAGAAGCAGGCCGUGCAGAACCAGACGACUGGGGCAGGCAGUUUGGUGUUUGCGGUUGUGUUCAUGGGGUUCGUGUAUCUGACGAGGAGGAGGUUUGCGGGGACCUUGAGGAGUUGGCGGAGGACCAACUGA